GACUUCAGUUAUUAAGCUUCGAUCAUAAAGCUUACAUCCUGUUACGGCAGAACGGUAUUGUGGAUCUGACAGUCUUUAGUAGAGUUUAGUUGUCCAACACCUUUAAUGUACAGUCUGACGUAACUUUGCGCUGCAACUUUGUAACAAGCAUGGCUGAUAAUUUUGAAUUUUUGUUUAAAUUUCUUGUCAUCGGCAGUGCGGGAACGGGAAAAUCCUGUUUACUACAUCAUUUCAUUGAGAAAAAAUUCAAAGAAGAUAGCAGUCAUACCAUUGGUGUUGAGUUUGGUUCAAAAAUCGUCACAAUAGGAGGGAAACAAGUGAAGCUACAGAUAUGGGACACUGCAGGACAGGAGCGAUUCAAGUCUGUUACUAAAAGCUAUUAUCGAGGAGCGGCUGGAGCUCUUUUGGUCUAUGACAUCAGUUCCAGAGAGAGUUACAAUGCCGUCGGGAACUGGCUCACCGAUGCACAAAAUUUGGCAAACCCAAACUUAGUCGUUUUAUUAGUUGGAAAUAAACGAGAUUUGGAAGAAGAUCGACAAGUCUCGUUUUUAGAAGCUUCUCAAUUUGCUCAAGAAAAUGAUCUGAUGUUCUUAGAAGCCAGCGCCUUAACGGGGGAAAAUGUUGAAGAGGCGUUUCUUCAGUGCGCUAAAAGCAUUCUCUCUAAAGUUGAAACAGGUGAGCUAGACCCGAAUAGGUUAGGCUCAGGUAUUCAACAUGGUGAAACUGCAAUUAGAAGAUUCCAGCGUCAGUCAUCGUCGACACCUUCUAUGAAUACACCCUCAUGUUCGGGUUGCAAAAUCUAGCAUCGUCUUAGAUACCGUCCAGACAUAGGCAAAGAAGUUUUUCACAUUCCAGUGUAUCAUUCGAAAAACAACCAUUUAUAAAUAAGGACAAAAUACGCGGUAUUAAUAUAAUGUUCAAAUCAAUGACGACUAAUUGUAAUAAAAAUUGAAAGUUUAACGUU